ACUUACUGUUGCUCAAACUAAAGAACACACCCCAAGUCUUGAAUCUAGAAGAAUUCUAGUCAACAGCCCACAGACUGAAAGACCUCAACAGCCUGACCACGUUUAAUUGAGCUGAAUUCUUCAUCUCCACCCAAAUCAUGUCUGGAAACAACAAAGGAUCCCAUAACCCCACCACAUCCCAGAAGCACCGUAACUUUGUCUCUGAGCCCAUGGGGAACCGGUCCGUGAGGGACGUCCCCGGGAUUGGACCAGUGCAGGGUCGCAGGCUGGAGGAGAGCGGUAAGCCCAGGGCUGACCAGAUGAUGGGUGAUUACCUGAGCACAGGCAGGGACCAGGUCCAGUUUCAGAAGAAUCUGAAGGAGACCUCGGGGGCCAACGCCAAGCAGCAGAGAGACGCCCACCGAGGAAUGAAAGAAUGGGCCGACAACAACAUAUAGAUCAGAAGAGUCACCAGAAACUCCUCUAUAUUCUCACUCUUUUCUUUCUGUUCCUCCUACAUUCUGAUUAUAUUAACUUUACAUUUCAGUCCUUUAGUAUAUAUAAUAUCCAAACUGAUGUUUAUUUAGUGUGUUCUUCUUAAGACCGCUAGGUUGGACAAACACGAAUACCAGUGAAAACUUACUCGGGACCAAACCAUCAUCGGGAAUUCAUGUUAGAUUAAAACAUAUUUCUUUCAACAUUUUAAUUUAUUCUUCAUAAACUUAGAUACUGGGCCCUGUCGGCAGUUUAAAGUGAUUCUGUUUGAUACAUUCUAUCAUUUAAUAAAUCUGGAGUUCCGUUG